AUGGAUUAUCUUUCUCCAUUUUUGAACACCACAAUAGUAGCCUGGAUCUUUGUCUCUCUUUUCCUCCCUUUAUAUCUAUUAAGCUUAAAGAAAUGGGAAUCCAGAGCUUCCAAGGCCAUAUUGGCACCCCAACCAACGGGUGCAUGGCCUUUAACUGGUCAUUUUUCUUUGUUUUCAGGAUCCGAGCCUCAUGUCACGUUGGGUACACUCGCUGAUAAAUAUGGUCCCAUCUUCACUGUACGGGUUGGGGCUCACCCUGUUCUCGUAGUGAGCAGUUCAGAGGUGGCUAAGGAAAUAUUCACGGGUAUCAAUGACAUGAUUGUAACCUUCCGUCCAGCAUUGGUAGCCGCAAAAUUUAUGGGCUACAACUAUGCUUUCUUUCCUGUUAACCCCGGCGGUCCAUAUUGGUCUGAAACUCGUAAAUUAUCCAUCUUUGAACUUCUCUCUAACCGCCGGCUUGAGCUUCUCAAGCAUAUUAGAAUCCAGGAAGUGGAGAGUUCCAUGAAAGAGUUGAUGAUUAUAGGCAAGAAAUAUUUUGGUGGUGGUGCUGUUGGUGAGGAGAAAGAAAGGAGAAAUAAGUUCCAGCAUGGAAUAACGAAACUUUUUUAUUUUCUGGGGACGCUUGUUUUGAGGGACGCUGUUCCAUUUCUUGGAUGGAUGGAUGUGGGUGGACAUGAGAAGGCAAUGAAGAAAAUUGCUAAAGAAAUAGAUGAUGUUUUGGAGAAAUGGCUACAAGAACAUAAGCGAAAUAGGUGUUUGGGUGAAGAAUCUAAAGAAGAUCAAGACUUCAUGGAAGUCAUGCUUUCGAUUCUUGAUGACAAAAACCUUGAAGGUUAUGAUGCUGAUACAAUCAAUAAAGCCACAUCCUUGGGAUUCAAUCCAAAACAACCUUGUGUGAUCAAGAGCUCCAAGCCAUGGCUCUUCAGCUACAGAACACAGGGACAGAUGCUGCAACAGAGGGGCCUCAAUGCCCUGUUGAAUGUACCCCCUGUAGCUGAAGGGUUCAAUGCCACUGAACCCCAAUCCACUUUCAACUACCAAAUCCCCCAACAUAGUAGUCAGAGAGCGGGAGAAAGAAGCGGAGGAGCAGCUAGGAAAGAUGAGCCGGCAGUCAAAGCCAGAGGUCAGAGGGUGAGAGAGUUUAUUGAAAGUGAUGAAGCAGAGAGCUAUUCUGCUGGGACAGCAGGGAGGAUGGAAAGCGAAGAAUGGGAAGAGGGAUAUCGCCUAGAGUAA